AUGGACAUCAACGGAAGCGUGGUGAUUUUUGGUGGAGGGAGUGGGAUUGGAAAGGCGUGCUCAGAGGCUUUUGCCCUAGAAGGCGCAGCAGAAGUAAUCAUCGCAGACCUCAAUAUUGAUGCUGCAGAGGAGGUUGCUAGAGGGCUUACUGGUAUCGCUACGGCAGAAAGCUUUAGGUCCAGAGCAAUCAAAGUCGAUGUCGCGUCAGAAGAGUCAGUAAAGAAUGCCGUUGAAGAAGCUGUCCGCUACUUGGGACGCAUCGACUAUUGCGUUAACUCGGCUGGGAUAGGUGUCAAAGUCGCGAAAGAAAUGUCAGAAGCUGACCCCUCUGACUUCGAUCGCUUCCUACGCAUCAAUGUCAUGGGGACAUUCCUAGUUACGCGUUACGUUUCUGCGGCAAUGAGAACUCAGGCACCCACGGCCGUGUCUGCUUCAUCCGCCGGAAAACGUGGUCUUACGAGGGGAGCUAUCGUAAAUCUCGGCUCACUCGCUUCAUUCAUAUCACAACCCGGACAGGUCCAGUACACAGCAUCAAAGCAUGCAGUGUUGGGUGUCACAAAGAACGCCGCACUCGAUAAUGCGGCACAUGCCAUCCGCGUGAACUGUCUAUGUCCAUCUUGGGUAGAUACUCCGAUGGUAAGGCAGGCUGUGGACAGCGUACCAGGGUUACAACAGACGAUCGAAUCCGUGAUACCAAUGGGACGCAUAGCGUGCACCGAAGAGGUGGCCGAUGCAGUCAUUUUCUUGUGUAGCUAUAGGUCGAGCUACAUGACUGGCUGUGCCUUCAUUGUGGAUGGUGGAACUUCGCUCUCGGGUAAACUCUAA